GCUUCAUUUGUAGCAAAUUCGUUUGGGACCUCUGUUGGAGCCAAAGUAUUAACUCUACGACAGGCUUGUGUGAUAGCCACCAUUUUUGAGCUUGCUGGAGCUAUUCUUAUUGGGGCAAGAGUUUCAGGUAUGCGAUAAGGGCUCCGCGAUAAGCAGUACUAUAUUCUGUGCUCAAGCUUUAUAUAAGCCUAUGUUAUGCAAUUAAUACUGAACCUUCUAUAUAGCAAAAAACGACAGUAGUUCAGCGCUUUGCCCCAGCAGAAUAAAUUCAUAUUAUAUUUCAUAUCUGGCUGCGAUUAAAGGGUGGUAUUUUCAUUGGAAGAGCGCGGAUUAAUAUUUUUUUCACUGGCCGCAUUCCACGUGCGUGGAUCGCUGGUUUUUAUGUACGGUUCAAUGGCGAAUGUAAACUAUGACCUUGAAAAUUAGAAAUUUUUUUUCAUCAAAACUAUUCAGCCUAUUAUAUGCGAUAAGCGCCAAUUUUUGACAAUUAUCGAGAACCUGCAUAAACAUUGCUGUCAAGGAAUGUGCAUAAAAGGCGGAUAACUGAUGCUCGCUUUACGGUUGGAUUCCUUCGCAAUUUUUUUGGUCUGUUUCGGCCUUUUAAAGAUAAAAAUACGUCCAGGAGUCCAGGUCAUUUCUUGUUGAAGUUUGUUAAUUGAUUAAUAUUGAUUUUCUUGCAAAGAACAUUUUUUAGUGUACCAAUGUAAAAAUAAUUGUUCAUAUUUUGUAGAAGAAGUUUAUCAUAAGAAACCCUUUUGUUUUUACUGCAAUUUGAACCUAAUUGUUUUGUGUCAAAGGAUUAAUUUUUAAAAUAGUGAACAUGCAUAAAUUUGUAAUUCAAUGAAGCAUGUUCAGUAAUUGUUGUGGUUGUUUGAACUAUCUUCUGAUAUCUUUCAAAUUUUUCAAAUUUGAUUUUACAGAUACAGUUCGAAAGGGCAUCAUAGACAUUAAUUCCUUUAAUGGUACGGAACAGCUUGCUAUGGUUGGUUCUCUCAGUGCUUUAAGUGGGACAGGAAUUUGGCUGAUAGUUGCCACCUUCUUUAAUCUUCCUGUUUCUGGGACACAUAGUGUUGUGGGAGCAACGAUGGGUUAUGCAUUAGUGGCACAUGGAAUAAAAGGGAUUCAGUGGAAAACUUUUGGAAUGAUCGGUGAGAUUAUUUUUAAUAGNUUCAUCAAAACUAUUCAGCCUAUUAUAUGCGAUAAGCGCCAAUUUUUGACAAUUAUCGAGAACCUGCAUAAACAUUGCUGUCAAGGAAUGUGCAUAAAAGGCGGAUAACUGAUGCUCGCUUUACGGUUGGAUUCCUUCGCAAUUUUUUUGGUCUGUUUCGGCCUUUUAAAGAUAAAAAUACGUCCAGGAGUCCAGGUCAUUUCUUGUUGAAGUUUGUUAAUUGAUUAAUAUUGAUUUUCUUGCAAAGAACAUUUUUUAGUGUACCAAUGUAAAAAUAAUUGUUCAUAUUUUGUAGAAGAAGUUUAUCAUAAGAAACCCUUUUGUUUUUACUGCAAUUUGAACCUAAUUGUUUUGUGUCAAAGGAUUAAUUUUUAAAAUAGUGAACAUGCAUAAAUUUGUAAUUCAAUGAAGCAUGUUCAGUAAUUGUUGUGGUUGUUUGAACUAUCUUCUGAUAUCUUUCAAAUUUUUCAAAUUUGAUUUUACAGAUACAGUUCGAAAGGGCAUCAUAGACAUUAAUUCCUUUAAUGGUACGGAACAGCUUGCUAUGGUUGGUUCUCUCAGUGCUUUAAGUGGGACAGGAAUUUGGCUGAUAGUUGCCACCUUCUUUAAUCUUCCUGUUUCUGGGACACAUAGUGUUGUGGGAGCAACGAUGGGUUAUGCAUUAGUGGCACAUGGAAUAAAAGGGAUUCAGUGGAAAACUUUUGGAAUGAUCGGUGAGAUUAUUUUUAAUAGCUAGGGUAUGUAUAUGAACAUGACCACCUAAAUUCAAUACACCUUUAUAAAUUAUUUGUUGGCCAUCAAUGCAGAGCUGAGAUGUCUGCAUUGCAUAGAAAAUAUUAUAAGCUGGUGUCCUCAUAAAUUAAAGCUUAAAUUUUAUACUUAUAAUAUAACUCUGUCAAAAAUGAGGUCAGUUGAAAACAUCGAACAGCACAGUUAAAUAUGAGAACUUGCAAAAAAGCAAAAAUACAAAAAUGGUAAUGUACUCAAUAAAGUUUGAUACGGGGAUGUUCUGCCCAAAGGUUCAACCCCUUAGCCUUUCAUAUAUUACCGUUUUGGACAGAAAAGGUGCCUCUUUUGUAUAACAUUUAUUGACAAGUGGUUCCCCUUUCACAAACUAGUUAAGAACACGGCAUACCUUUUAAAUGCUCUAAAUGAACAGUCUUUUAACUAUGAAUAAAUCACACUAACAAAGGAAGUUUUCUGGUCUUUUUCACAGCCAUAAAUUGUACCUGUCAGCCCUUUUAGGUACUUGCACAGACCACACUGACAGAUUUCCCUUCCCCUUCUUAUACUUCACCUUGUGAAAUCCCUCCCUUUUCAUAUACUUAAAGCCUGAAAAAGGUACCCCUUUGGGCGGAGCCUCCCCAUCUAGGCCAUUAUUAUCCCCCCUGGCUCCCUGGGUUUCUUAUUGUUUGAAGGAAUACAGGAAAGGGCUAUUACACAUAAAAAUGUUGGAAACUGGGAAACUGCUUACCUACCCCUCCCCUAAGCCACCAUUUUGCCUUAAGUGAGAAGUAAGUGUUUAUGUUGGCUUAGGGGAGGGGUAGGUGGGGCAGUUUCCCAGAAACGUGUAAUGAUCCAAAGUGUCAAUUUUACUUGUUCACAUUACGUAACAGUCUAAAUGAUGCACAGACAACAAGAAAAUAUGUGUGCAUGUAAUGUUACAGCUUCAUUUCUUUUUUGUUAUAGCUGCAUCAUGGGUUAUCUCUCCUCUCAUGUCAGGAAUUGUAAGCUCUGUCCUGUUUGUAAUCAUUCGUCGCUUCAUUUUGUCAAAGGUGGGUUUGUGCAGGCAUGGCAUUAAAACUUAAAACAGUUUGCCAAACUUUUUCAAAUUUCAAUCCAUGUCCAUCCUUGUCAUCUGUAGUAACAGACGACAGAAAACAGUUUUAAUGCCUAAAUUAUAGUCUUAAAUAACAAAACUGGGCCAUCAUUUCUAGAAUUCAAUAAUGCGAAGACACAUAGCUUUACAAAAAAAGCAAAUAGCAUAACAAAGCCCGUUUAAUGACUUCACCUCAGAUUUAAUCUUUAAAACAAAUUUCUAGUGUUUAUUGGCCUAAUACUGAGUUGAAAUGAGCUAGAUGUCCAAAAUUUAGCAGAAGUUAUGCCCAUAAAAUGUGUCUUUAAUUCCUUUUUCGUUUCUGUAUUUCAGAUGAUGUCAUUUGAAAUUGCUCUAAAGUCGCUUCCAAUCUUCUACGCUUUCACAAUCGCUAUCAACUUUUUCUCUGUGUUUUACAAAGGAUCUCACGGUAUUUUUUUCAUCAAACCUGCAUAACAGGCGUUUUUUGGGCGUUCUUCAGGCGUGUGAAGGCAAUCGCGAAGCGAGCGAGGAGCGCCAGACACGCGAGAAAAACGCUUGCCUGAAAAACGCGAAGAAAUAACGCCUGUUAUGUGGACUAUGCUUCAUCCCCCUUACUCUGUAGCUUUCGUAGCUCUCGUUUGCUAUCGCCGCUCGUUCACACCCUUUUGCGCAGCUUUUUUCCCCUCUCGCCAAACAAACUCGCAGGCUACUUUGUAGUUAAAGCUGUGGAAAGUUUUUUUUUAUGAACCCAUGAUUUUACAUUUAAAUGGAUAUAAUUCCGAAAGUGAUUGUUUGAUUGAAAGUUAAUUACUGCUAACAAUUAAGUACAGUCGAACCUGCAUGCGCGACUACCUGCACUGAGCGCCUUCUUUAAACACCACAAUACUUCCAAUCAAAGCCUAUUGGCUUCCGUUUGGAAUCGCUCGUAAAUGAUCAGCACAGCUCUAGUAAGCGACCGCGACCACUUUUUGGGCUGACGGCCAUAUUAUUUUCCAUUUUUUAACCCCUGGUAAGCGAUCUUUCAGUGGCGCAUGUCCUGAUUGCUAUGUUUCCGUUUCAGAGUAGACGAAGAACUUUUAGUGACAACAUGUAAUUUGCACGUCGUAAACUAGAAAUCACAUGCAACAAAAUCUCUUCCAAAAAGUAGAUUAUUUUGUUUCAACCUCUUCUCGACGAUACCCGCUAUGGUUCGAUUCUCGUAACUGACCAAUUAAUCCUCGUAGCUUGGCUGAUUGGCGCUUACAGGAAGUUCGACUGCAUGUAUUAGACGUAGCUGACGGUUUCCUUGGGGCUCAAUUGGGCGCUCGACAAACAGAACGCAGGCUAGUAGUAGGGAAUUUUCCUAAUUUGACUUUUGCAAGAAAAGACUGUUUUUUACUACUCAGUAACAGGGAGCUUUAGCAACAACGACGGUGACGGCGACGAGAAAGUCAAAAAAGCAAUUGGUUUGUUAAUCAAAACAACAACUUUACACGUGUAUCACGCUUUUUUUGUACAUUUCGUUGCCGUCACCGCACGACUACGACGUGAAAAUGCCUAAUUUUACGUUUCAUGGAGGACGUAAACAAGCGACGACGAAUUUUUCUUUCUCUUUCUAAACUUGCGUGCGGACCCCAAGAAAUCACUUCUCAACUCGCCUCCAUUCGACAUUUUCAGCGAACUGGAAUAAACGCGACCAAGUUUCGGAACAAAUGGUAAUUCAUUUAAAAAGUGACGUUUUUACUGCAGUCGCCGUUGAUACGAAACUAAACUUUCCUACCCUUUUUGCUCUUUCAGUGUUGCGUUUUGACCGGAUCCCUCUGUAUGGUGUACUUAUCCUGUCAAUUGGAGGAGGCUUUCUAGCCGCAUUAAUCGUCCACUUCUUUGUAAGCCCAUACUUGAAGAAGAAAAUUGUCAGAGAAGUAUAUGGUGAUGACGACAACGGCACCGCUUCGUCACGUCAAGACAGGACUGUUUCCUUUACCAAAGGAGGAAAUUGCUCUGAAAAUGGGGUAACUUCAGAUGAAAAGAACCCCAAUGGUAGGUACAGCUGUAGAAAGCCGUGAAUCCUUAAAUUAACUUAUUCGCCACCCGCGCAAUUUUGGCCGAAAACCGCCUUUUGAAGCUAGUAAAACCUAUUCUCGUCACUCUCUCGCCGAAAACAACCAAAACCGCCUGAGACUUAGUUCUUAAUGGAGAAUUACACUUUUGUUGCUGAUGCCGCAUUACGGCUUCCGAAGUUCGGGCGUGCGCAUGAGGCAAAAUUUUCCCACAACUCUGUCCCUUUGGUGAGUGUGUCUAUUCUCUAAAACCAUCCUCUAUCAUUUCCUAUGUUCCUAAUAAUGAGAAUUUGUUUAGCAAUCAAGACCUUUUUCAUUUAGUAAUUAUGUCCUUAUUCGCAUGAUCGCUUUUUUUGUUUAAGUGAUUAUUUUAAGAGGGAAAUUAGGUGAUAGUUACUCUAUGAGGUUUGGAUGUUCUGUUUUCUCUGUUUUCUACUUUAACAAUAGUUUAGUCCCGUUAGCUUAGUUUCUGUAUUAACCAGUGACCAACAACAAUUUUCUCCUAACGAUAGCCAUACAUUGUCAAGAGAUACAGUUAUGAGAAUUAACAAAUGACCACCAAAGAGAAAAUGCCUUGAUCUUUUAUUAAAUUCUCUCAACUAAUUCUUAAAGGAAAUGUAUGGAGAUCAGUUUGGAGAAUUUGUAUUUUGAUAUUGGGACUUAAAGGGUUAAGGGGGUUCCACCGUGUUUGUUUAAACCCCAGAUUCCAAAGAAACAAAUGAGCCCGAUGAUGAAUCCAACCAAGAGGAACAUGAUGAAGUCACGUUAACCGUUCGGUCAGACGAGUCGGCACCUGUUCCCCCAUCUCCAGAGCCAACACCGCGUCGCUCUUCAUCCUCGUCUCCCAGUGACUCUAAAGUGCUGAUAGAAAGCAGUGAACAGAAUGGCACAGGACCGAACCAGGCACAGAUAGAACGGGCCAGAUCACGAGGAAUGUCGUUGCUAAUGGAGGCGAGGAAGCAAGUCACAGACGAACCCAAGACCGGUAAACUUUUUGCGUUCUUGCAGAUUUUGACGGCUGCUUUUGGAGCCUUUGCGCACGGUGGCAAUGACGUCAGGUAAUAAUGUGUUGAUUUUGAUAUAUCUCUUUUCCUGGAUGAAAUCUCGUGGUGUGACGAUACAAACGAGAAACCGUGACUGCCAUCAUUAUUUUAGCUUUAUUUUUUAAGUUCAUCUCGAUCUGGAUAGUUUUCUCUGAAACUAAACUUCAUUAAACCCAUGGUCAAUAGAUGGGUGUGGGCAUGGAGAAGAUGCCUGGUUAAACUGAGAGAGCGGGAAGUCAGCGCGGAAGGUGAUGAAGCCACCAGGUAUCAUCACUGCACUGAGAGCCUAAGCUUGAGUGGAGAGUUUCACAGAGAUACUUACCAUAGGACAUCCCAGAGGGAAGGAAGGACUGAGAGCUUGCAAAAAAGGGCUUAAGUGACUGCACGCGAUGGCCACGUGAGCGAAAUGAUUCAUGACCACAGCAAAAGCGCUGUAAAAUUACUAGAGCCCUGCAAAUACCCAAAGACCGCCCCAGAUACGAUUAGUGAUGGAGACCGCUGGCUAGCUUUAUCUCGUGUUAAACUUCGCGUAAAUUACAUUUAGCCACAUCAAAUAUCAAUCUGGGCCCAGUUGCUCGAAGCAUGGUUAGCGUUAACCAGCGUUUACUCCCUUGACAACGUAUUGGUUUUGAUACUGCUUAACCAACGGUUAAAGCUAACCAUGCUUUGAACAACUCAGCCCAGGCCUGUGUACAGACGACCCCUCUCCUAAAGAAAAAAAUCUGGUAGAGUCUCUUUCCCGGAUUUUUUUUCUUAUCAUGGGAGGGGACGUCUCUACACAGGCUAGUAUCAACCCUCUAACUGACGGUCAUUUUAUUUUUUUUCUUUAUUCAGCAACGCCAUUGGACCGUUGAUCUCGUUAUGGGUUAUCUUCUCAUCAGGCAUAAUUCAGGAUAAGGUUUUGAUCCCGUUCUGGAUUUUGGUCUACGGAGGUCUUGGGAUUUGUAUCGGUCUGUUUGUUUGGGGGCGUCGCGUCAUCAAAACUGUAGGAGAGGAUCUUACUCCAAUUACUCCAUCAAGGUGUAGUGCAGUACAUUUUAAGCUUAAUUUUCUGGCACCUUUCAUCAAAGAAACAAAGAGUCGCUCAAGACCCUGAUGGGGCGGGGGUAGCGGGAAAGGCGCAGUGUUGGAAGCACUCGCCUCUUACAAAUGUGGUCUGGUUUCGGUCCCGGCGUCGACGCCAUGGGUUCCAUCGCGGUAAAACGUCUAGGACAUUUUCAUCUGGGGUGUUUUUCGCAUAGCCACCUGUGUCUUUUAGAGCAGAGACAACUAAAGAGUCAAUAAAGACGAAAACGGAAAGCGAAAAUUGUUUCUGUAUCCGUGUUGUCUAAAGUAUUGGGCUUAGAUUUAAUUGUCAUGUCCACGAAUUUGGCAUAUGGAGAUAGAGAAAGACAGGGAAAAAAACAAAGUAGGCCACAGGCCAGCAAAGCUCAACGAGAAAAAGAGCGACAGAGAGCUAGUGCGACAGAUUAAAAAUAAAGGGAACAUUUUUUGUUGGAAGAAAAACAUAAAAAUUUUGUAGCGGCAGUGAGAAAAUGGGAAAUGCUUGCGGCAACGAAGGUGAAAAUGAGCGGCAGUAAUAAAAAAGUGAACAAGAACAAGUACGACAUUUCCUCCAUAAAACGUGUAACUAAGAAGUUUCUGGAAGUUUCAUGUUGUAGUCGUGCAAAACAACGGCAAAGAAAUGUACAAAAAGAGUGUGCUGCACGUGCAAAGUUGCUUUUUUUGCUAAUUAGACCUAUUGUUGUCUUUUCACCUCUCUCGUUGCCUUCGCCUCUCAGCAUUAUACGAUUUUAUAUUUUGUUUGAACAAACUAUAAAUAUUAUCUAGAGCUAGAGCCUUCGGCCUCAUGGGCUAUUGACUCACACCCCAUUCGGGCUCGAGGAGUAGUUGUUAAAUAUUACAGUAACUCAAACACAGGUAGCCUGAGAAAUCUUCCCGUCGCCACCACUGGUUUCCCCGCCAAAUGACGUCUGAGCAACUACUGCAGAAACUCCAUACUGAUGACGUUGACUACUAAAGAUCUAGAUAGUGUUUCUGACUGGUUGAAGCAAAUGGGGGUCCGAAAUACCGAUUCCAUAUGUAGAGUGUGUCCAAUUAGAUGAAUACUCUUAGAGAAUCACAGAGUAUCAGUUCUUGAAACUUUUAAGCAUCACCUUUUCGUCUCUAAGUAACUAAAGUUGUUGUUUAAUCGAUAGGUAUUUAUUUAUGUACCGUAAUGUUCCGAAAAUAAGCCCCCCAAACUCGUAACGCAAAAAACCCUCCGUUAAAUUGCCCCUCCAAAUAUAAAUCCCCGGGGCUCGUACUUGGAAAUUGCCCUCAAAUUCAAAGUAAAACAAAGCAAAAACUGUACAGUAACAUUUGCAUUUGCCAAAUAACUAUUACGGGUACCAAAUGACUGCUUUCAAAACGUGUCACAGUAUAUUACUGUUUGCGUAGUUCACUGUUGACUCUUGGCUUGGAUUUCCUCGUUCCAUUUUGAAAAAGUACUUGCAUGGCAGAGUUUUAGUACGAUCUGCGUCCUCAAGGCGAGUUUCAAUAAAACCUCUCUGCAAAUUACUGACUCAAAUUUCCUUCUAAGUAUAAGCUAGCCCAAUCGAUUAGAGACGUAAAUUCCCCUCCCAGUAUAAGCCUAGCCGAUUUCCCUCCGUAUAUAAGCUCCUCAAAAAGGGCCUUCAAAAAUUAUAAAGCCCGGGGCUUAUUUUCGGUAUUUUACGGUAUUUUAAUUAUGAUAAACCAAACGAAUACGGUAAUAGGUAUAGCAUUGCUGAUAUACAGCUUAGUAGAUUCCCGACAAAGUGGAAUCUGACAUAUGUGGCUUAUAUGUGUUUGAUUUGAUUUUGGUUUCAGUGGCUUUGUAAUAGAGAUCGGUUCAGCACUGACCGUACUGUGUGCCUCAAACCUGGGUAUUCCUAUCAGUACCACCCACUGUAAAGUCGGUUCUGUUGUUAUGGUCGGAAGGGUGCGGUCCAAAGAAGUUGUGGAUUGGUCCUUGUUUAGGAACGUUAUAUUGGCUUGGNUCAAAAAGGGCCUUCAAAAAUUAUAAAGCCCGGGGCUUAUUUUCGGUAUUUUACGGUAUUUUAAUUAUGAUAAACCAAACGAAUACGGUAAUAGGUAUAGCAUUGCUGAUAUACAGCUUAGUAGAUUCCCGACAAAGUGGAAUCUGACAUAUGUGGCUUAUAUGUGUUUGAUUUGAUUUUGGUUUCAGUGGCUUUGUAAUAGAGAUCGGUUCAGCACUGACAGUAUUGUGUGCCUCAAACCUGGGUAUUCCUAUCAGUACCACCCACUGUAAAGUCGGUUCUGUUGUUAUGGUCGGAAGGGUGCGGUCCAAAGAAGUUGUGGAUUGGUCCUUGUUUAGGAACGUUAUAUUGGCUUGGGUUGUGACUAUGCCGAUAGCAGGUAUGUAA